ACGUGGGGGGGGCCCUCCUUCAGCUGGGACGGCCAGUGUCCUUGUGGUCAGUCAACCAGCAGGUCAGUCAGUCAGUAAGCCGGGUGUUCUUUUGAAUGUACAGUCAGUGGGAAUGGGUGAUCCGGUGACUGUGGUCGAAUCCACCGCCUCUCCUGCUGCUACGCUGAUCCCAACCGUGAUUACCGCAGAGGCCCAAGAUGGUGCCAAGUCCCAGAUGGCCAGUAAGAAUGGAAAGAAGGCAGAGUCUGGCUCCAGUGGCAGCAGCUUCUUCACCUGGUUCAUGGUCUUGGCCCUGCUGGGGGUUUGGACGUCUGUAGCCGUGGUCUAUUUCGACCUUGUCGACUACCAGGGAGUCCUCGGUAAACUGGUGGCAUACGACACAGAUGGCGAUGGCGAUUUUGAUGUUGAAGAUGCUAAAGUCCUGCUAGGACUGAAAGAGAAAUUGACAGUUGUCCCCCUCACCAAAGAGGAAGAGGCCGCCACACCCCUGGAAGCUCCCGGCCCUGUAGAAGAAGCUAUUAUUGAGCCUGACCCAGUGGUUGUUGAGGAAGUGAUUGAAGCCACUCUAGCAGAGGAGGCUGCUGCACCCCCACCUGAACCCGAACCAGAAUUGGAGCCUGAAGAGGUCGCAGUUGAGGCCGAAACCAAGGCUGAGCCAGAACCUGAGCCUGAGCCAGAACCUGAACCAGAGGAGGAGUAUGACGAGGUGUUUGAGGAAGAGCCAGAGGUGCUAGAGGAGGAGACGGCCCCUGUUGCAGAGGAGGAAGAAGUCGAGUCUGAGGUUCCUGCUGAGGUAGACGCCAUUGAAGAGGCCCUUAAGGAGGAGCCAGUAGCAGAAGAAGAGGUCGAGGAGGCUGUGGAGGAGCCAGUAUUAGAAGAGGAGGUUGUGGAGGAGCCAGUAUCAGAGGAGUGGGCUGUAGAAGAGCCAGUAGCAGAGGAGGAGGCUGUCGAGGAGCCGGUAGCAGAGGAGGAGGCCAUGGAGGAGCCGGUAGCGAUGGAGGAGCCAGUAGCCGUAGAAGAGGACAUGGAGGAGCUGGCUGCAGUAGAGGAGCCAGCUGCGGUGGAGGAGGCCAUGGAAGAGCCGGUAGCAGUGGAGGAGAUUGUGGAGGAGCCAGCUGCAGUAGAGGAGACUGUGGAGGAGCCGGUAGCUGAGGAAGAGGCUGUGGAGGAGCCGGUAGUAGAGGAAGAGGCUGUGGAGGAGCCGGUAGCAGAGGAAGAGGCUGUGGAGGAGCCGGUAGCAGAGGAAGAGGCUGUGGAGGAGCCGGUAGCAGAGGAAGAGGCUGUGGAGGAACCGGUAGCAGAGGAGGAGGCUGUGGAGGAACCGGUAGCAGAGGAGGAGGCUGUGGAGGAACCGGUAGCAGAGGAGGAGGCUGUGGAGGAACCAGUAGCAGAGGAGGAGGCUGAGCAGACUGUGACAGAGGAGGAGAUUGUAGAGGAGCCUGUAGAGGAGGAAUUGCCUGCAGAGGAGGAACUGCCUGCAGAGGAGGAGGCUGUUGAAGAGCCAUUUGAAGAGGUAGUAGAGGAGGCAUUUGAGGAGCCCACGACAGAGGAGGAGGUUGUUGAGGAGUAUGCUCCUUUAGAAGAGGAUGUGGAGGAGGAAGCUGAGUCAGCAACAGAGGUGGAGACGGAAGAAGUAGCCACAGAGGUAGAGGCAGCAUCAGAAGCAGCAGAAUUUGACGAGGCAGAGGAACAGAUUCAGGAUGAGCCCACAGAAACGUAGAGUCUGCGGUCCAUGCGGCGACGGAGCAAGGACCCGCUGGCGUUGCAUCAUUGCCCUCUCAGCGUGCACAGAGCAACGCAUCUCUUCACCUCCAGAGAAACGAUGGAGUCAUUGUGAUGACUCAUCUCUCUCCCUCUCUCUCUCUCUCCCUCUCUCUCUCUCUCGGUCUCUCUCUUUCUCUCUCUCUCCCUCCCUCUCUGUCCGUGUUCCCACUUGCUCUGUCUGUAAAAUAGCUUCUUUUACUCUGUUAGCUUAAAUCUGCUUUUUGACUAAUGAUAUACCCUUUUUUCCCCUCUCAACACUUUUAGAUUGUCCAUUAUUUGUUAGCUCUUUUUUAUUUGAUUUCUUUUUAGUUGUUUUGAAAAUUAAUAUUCAUUCGCAUUCUUUUCCUGUGCAUUUUGUUUUGGUGGUCUACUUCUUUUUUGUCUGUAAACCGAUAUACAGGCCAUGGCUAUUCUAGGUGCCGUACUACUAUGGUCAAUUUCAGAAUCUUUUAUCUGAAAGAGAUUCAAAAUGAGGCAGUUCUGGGAAUCUCUUCUUUUUUAAAGCCUCCGGUAAGCGACGUCAUUGGUUGCUUACAGAAUGGAAAUUUAUUUUGUUGCCAUGCUAUAUGUCUAUACAUGGAAAAGUUAUUGGGUAGUUCAGUAACAGUUCUUUGAGAUACAAAGAGAUUAAUUUGUUCCGUCUUUGUCCACCCUGGUCUAUAAUGUUACUUUGCAGGUUGACAUAACAUUAUGUCAAGUAUGGACCUAGAAUCAGAACUUGACUUGGGCUUUGAUUACAAAAGCAGAAAUUGACAGAACUCAAGAAAUGGUUCCACCCACUGCUGAGGUUUUCAAAAUCGACUAGACGAUGAAAUAACUUUUUUGUGGCAAGUUAUGAGAUGAGAUAUAGGCUCUAAGUAUGAAGUCAUCAUACAAGAGAAAUUGUCAGACCACAACUGCUGUGUUGAAUACAGACAACACACUGAUAAGGUGGUGAGAUGCGCUCACAACCCCUUGCCCUGUUCUGCUGGGUUCUGGUCCGAGUGUCGAGGAUGUUAAUCAGAGUUGUGUCUACUUCUCUCCACCCCCUCGCUCAUACAGCUAUUUACCACUCAGUAACACCAGGAUGAGCCAUAUGCUAGCAUGUGAAUGCAAUGUAUGCGUGUGUGUGUGUGUGUGUGUGUGUGUGUGUGUGUGUGUGUGUGUGUGUGUGUGUGUGUGUGUGUGUGUGUGCAUGUGUGUGCGUGUGCGCGCGUGCAUGUGUGCAUGUGUGUUCUUAAACAUGGCAUAUGUCAUUUGUUUGUUUUAAUCUGUAUGUACCCAGAGAAGAGUGUGUUUGUACGUUGACAUAUCUCUCCUGCUAAACAAUCCCCACUGUGAGUGGUAGAAGUCAGUUUUUGAACCUUUGGAAACACAACCUGUUUAUCUUUUUCUUGAAUGUGUUAUUUCAAACUAAUACCUCUCUCUAUCUCUCUCUCAUCUGACAUAGUUCUAUAGAACCUCUCUGUUCUUUUCCAGAAACCUCUAUUUGCGUGUUGUGUAGAAAACUAGAUUUUCCAUUAUAAUUUUUUUUCCUUGUUUAUAUUUCUAAUAACGCUGAUCGGGACCACGUAAAACUACAUAAGAUGGAGCUCAUUCAAAGUUUCUAUUGUCAAGUUUCACCUCUACACAUUUUACUUGAGCUUUUGGAAGUCGUGUAAUUUUUCUAAACUUGUACUGUGAUGUAAAUGAGACUACACUGACGGGGCACUACUUUUCCAACUAGUUUUUAAAGCCCACCUUUCAACCUUAGCAGCAAUACUUCUUGUCAGUAAAAAGCAAGCCCCAACCGGCUGGCGGACGCCUUCCGAUCGAAGGCGAAUGUUUUAUAUGAGCAGUUAAUCCGCUCUUCAACCCCGUGUGAACCGCAUGUGAUCUUAUAUUGUCCUGGUUCUAAGAUGGCGGACCCAGCAGUCUGUGGGUCACACUGGGUUUAAACAGAUCAGAUGUUGUGUUUCGGUGGAAGUCCCACCAUAACCAGCUGUCCCUUUAGCUGCCUGAACAAAAGGGAACCGCAAUAAUAACUUUCUUUUUUUUUAAACAAAAAUCACAACUACAUCUUGAACUGACUUUUCACUUUGACUCUUUUAGUGUUGAUGUUUUUUGUUUUAUUGUCAGAGGCGUAGCUGUCCCACCUUGCCCCCUCUGCAAAAUAAGAGAGACAUGGGCGUGUUUUUUUCUCUCUCUGAAGGAAACGCUUUAGUCUGUGUUUCCUCUCUGUGGAGAUACUUUAUCUGUUAUGUAUGUGUGUAUUUUUUGUUUUUAACCUCUCUAUGGUAGCAGAACACCUGCAUCCCCCCAAGCAAACAUGUUGGUGCAAAACAUCAUCUUGACCUGGAUUUCUGUUGGUGCAAACUACAGAAUGUUUCUACAGGAUGUGGCUGCCAGAAUAGGUUUUCCCUCACAUGCACAGCCACAUUAGAGGAGGGGGGAAAUCAAUAAAGCAUAGUAUCAUGAUAAUUUGCCUGGCAAUAUUGUAUUGAUACGCAGACCUUUUAUUAUAUGAAUAAUAUGACAGGUUUUUAUGACAGUGUUGGUCAGUCUGUCUGUCUUGACAAUCCCAUUUUGCUGCAAUAAAACAGAUUGAAGUGAGAUGAACAGACUGAAAACUUAUUGGAUAAACUAGAUGUUAACAAAGUUUUCUUUUGAGGGGCAUAAUUUGCAGAUGAAAAAAGGAAAUAAAUCGCAACAAUAUGUAUUGCAACACUCAGCCUAUUGCAUUGGGGGGGAUUGCAUCGUGACUUAAGUAUCGUGAUAAUGUCGUAUCGAUAUUAUCAAUACGAUGUUAAGUAUCGAUAAUAUCACCCCCCCCCCCCUAAGCCACGUGUAUAAGAAAGCUGUCCCAUAGGAAAACGAUUGUGCUGCAGAUUUCUCUAGCGGCUUUAAAGACGGUUCAUGUGCUUUCGUUUGCAUGAGGCAAAAAAAAAGAAGAUGAUCUUGGCACCAAGAUGGUUUUUUGGGGAAAGUGGAUGUUCCUCCCUGUAUAGCGUAGCUCCGUUGACUACAAGAUAGACGCGAUACUGCAGGGGUCAAUUGCAACACAAGGGUAUUUUUAAGGGGACACAAAACACAGCAAUUCGCCUGCAGUUUAAUUUAGCAUUUAGUGUUGGUUGAAAUGCAGUUAGCUCAGGAUGGACGUAGCGGAUUCUCGGCGAUCUCCCUGUAUUUUCGGAUGCUGUAAACCUUUAUCGAAAACGAGGGUCGGUCAGUUUUUGAAUGCUGCGGAGAAUCCAAAACCUCCCCCGUUCCUUCACCUUCGCUCGGCGGCGUAGCCCCCCCCCCUCUCCCCCCAGCUACCGCGGCCAUUUUGCGUCCCUCCCGAGGGAGGCAGAAGGCGGGACUUCCUUCCGGGAUGCAAAUGGCCGAAGCGAAGGCAAACCACUAACGAGAACUGACCUCGGUCUCGGUCCAGCAGCUGGCCGUCGCGGCGUCGACACGUUCCGGUGAUGUGCAGUAUCAGAAGGAUGUCUGUAUUUUUCUAAAACACUUAACACGUCUUUUCUACUCCCACUUUUGUCAUUCAAUGUGAACUUUGAGGGCUUUCGUUGAUUCUACAGAUGACCUUUACCAAGAGAUCUUUGGAUUUUUAGAAAGAAUUGUGUGCGUGCGUGCGUGUGUGUGUGUGUGUGUG